UCAUCGUAUUCGCCAUGAUCGUCGCGGCCGUGGCCGCCGCCCCGCGCAGCCCUGACGCUGACGCUCAGAUCGUGCGCAGCGAGCUGAACAACAUCGGAGUUGAGGGCUACCAAUAUGCCCUGGAGACCUCCAACGGCAUCAAGCAGGAGGAACAAGGACAGCUUGCGAACGUCGGCACCGAGAACGAGGCCAUCCAAGUCCGCGGACAGUUCUCCUACUUGGGGCCAGAUGGCGUCACCUACACCGUCACAUACGUCGCCGACGAGAACGGCUUCCAGCCCCAGGGCGCCCACAUCCCCCAAGCUGCUUAAGUUAGAUCCCCUGUAUAACCUGGCUGUUAAUAAAGUUUUUGUUUUUAUGUUUUAAUUU